UAGGUAAGCAGUCAGGCACGACGCCAUCAUCUCGGCGCACGCCCGGCGCCUUUUCCCCUCGCCGAAGUUUCACAUGGGGGAAGAUUUGUGCUAGACUAGCGCCGAUGAAACGAAGCUUGACUGGACGUCAUGCCUACACAUUCACCAACACACUUUUUCUACAGAAAGCCAAAAAACAAUUGUUGAGGCAGGUUAUUCCCGCCGCACAAGGAUUUCCGAACACUGAUAAGGCCCAACAGCCUGUUUUGAAACGCCUCGUGUUUUCCCGCGUGCCGGCCUGUCGCAUUCCGUCGGCAUUCCGUCAAAAUCCUUGGACAUGGCCCUGGCAGAAAAAAAGGCGGCAAGGUUAGACCGGGGUGCGGGGUGCGGGGGAAUCGCUGUUGAGCUCUGCGGAAAUUGUGGCCUCACUCGCAGUACAAAUAAUGUACAGACAACAGGAGCAGCGCGACG